CAUAGUAAAAUAAAGGGAAAUGUUUGAUGGAUCGUGAAGUUCAUUCAAGCUUUUUCAGUCAGCGUGGUAAUGUUACACAUGAUAAGAGACGGAAAUUAUUUCCCCGUAAUUCACAGACUGAUCUGUAGCGCUGCUCGUGGAGCUGAUGACCGUGAGCAUGUGACGGGCUGUAGUGUUUGAAGCUGCUCUGGCUCACUCGCUCGGUCGGGGAUCUGUCAGCAGUGCGGAAGAGAGGGAGAAAGAGGGAUGGGGCAGAUAUAUGCCAUCAAACUGACUCACAAGAGACUGACAUGAUGCGAAGAUUCCGUCGCGCCAUAAAGCCCGAACACAAUUCAACAAAAUAAGAGGCAGAAACAUGCUUGCUCGGAUAGACCCGUAAGCGACAGACAGCAGUCAAUGACAUUGAUGAAGCCAGCUGUCACUCACACGCUCCCGAAGCCUCGACAUACGCCGAGGGUCUUUGAAAGCUCGAUUUUGGAUCUGAAACUUUUUUUUAAAACAUCAAAACAGAUUUAUUGGAGUGUCUUCUGCGAGAGCCAAAUCGAAAGCAACUUCAAAAUGCAAGAGCUGUGAUCGGGAGAUUGUUGAACAAAAGACACGCGACCAAGUUGAUAGGUUGCUUUAUGCUGUAGGGAGACUAGUGGAAGAAACGUUUAAUGCUGCAAUACUAAGCCACAGCUUCCUGUAACUGCAAACCAACGUUGGAGGUUUACCACUUAACGUAAAAAAAACCACACACCCCUCCUCCCUACCUCAAAGCUCCUCAUACUGCAUCGUCAUGGCGAUGAGCAGUGAUCCUGGUUGCUUGGGGUUGGACCUUGACCCAGACUCUUCCCCGACUGCUGAAAUGACUGACAAGAUGUCCGCAAUGUCCCUAAGGUCUGAUCCCACCUCCAGUGUAGUUAAGAAUGGGACAGGUGUGAAGAAAGCUCUGCCCAAGAGGCCACACCUGUCAGGCAGGAAGAUGUCAUUGCAGGAGAGAGGGACGUACGUAUCUUCUGGCGGCGGGGCUGAGCGCUACUCCCGAAUAGCCAGACAGCCAACCAUCGAGUCCAGACGAGUGUCCAUCUCAGACUCGCAGGAUUGCAUCCAGCUUAACCAAUACAAGUUAAAGAGUGAGAUUGGGAAGGGCUCAUAUGGUGUUGUCAAGUUGGCAUACAACGAGGAUGAUGACAAAUAUUAUGCAAUGAAAGUGGUAUCUAAGAAGAAGCUGAUGAAACAGUAUGGUUUCCCUCGCCGCCCUCCACCCAGAGGUCCUAAAGCAGCCCAGGGGAUGCAGCCCAAGGUGCUUGGUCCUCUGGAGAGAGUUUACCAGGAGAUAGCCAUCCUGAAAAAACUGGACCACCUCAACAUUGUUAAACUAGUUGAGGUGCUGGAUGAUCCAGCGGAGGACAACCUUCACAUGGUGUUUGAGCUGAUGCAGAAGGGCCCUGUGAUGGAGGUUCCCAGCGACAGUCCCUUCAGUGAGGACCAGGCCCGCCACUACUUCAGAGACAUUGUUCUGGGCAUCGAGUACUUGCACUUUCAGAAGAUCGUUCACAGGGAUAUCAAACCAUCUAAUUUAUUACUUGGAGAUGACGGCCAUGUCAAAAUCGCCGAUUUUGGGGUCAGUAACCAGUUCGAGGGUAACGAUGCCUGUCUCUCCAGCACUGCUGGUACUCCUGCAUUCAUGGCCCCAGAGACACUGUCAGACAACCGCCAGAGCUUUAGUGGAAAGGCUCUGGAUGUGUGGGCUAUGGGAGUGACUCUCUACUGUUUCGUGUAUGGGAAGUGCCCAUUUAUUGAUGAGUACAUUCUGGCACUUCACAAUAAGAUCAAGUGUAAGCCGGUGGAGUUCCCCGAGACGCCAGCUAUCAGCGAAGGGCUGAAGGACCUGGUCACACGAAUGCUGGACAAAAACCCAGACGCCAGAAUCACUGUUCCUGAGAUCAAAGUGGACCCCUGGGUGACUCAGGAUGGUACAGACCCAUUGCCUUUAGAAGAGGAGCACUGUACUGCGGUAGAAGUCACUGAAGAGGAGGUGCAGAACUCGGUGAAGUUUGUCCCCAGUCUGUCUGCUGUGAUAUUGGUGAAAGCCAUGUUAAGGAAGCGUUCCUUUGGGAAUCCAUUUGAGUGUCCCAGCAGGAGAGAAGAGAGAUCCAUGUCUGCUCCCAGCAGUCUUCUCAUGGACUCUUGGCCAUUCCGGCCCUCUUUUAAACUCCAGCCCUCGUUAAGAAAGGGGAGCAGUGGAGAGGCUGGUAGAGAAGUCGAGCUCGAGGACUUGCAUGAGGACGAACCACCCACCUUUUGAGUGUCUCCAUAGAUCCUGAAGCGUUCCUCAUUGUCUGCGCUUCUUCAUUCAGACACUUCCAACCCUUCGAGCAGAUGACCAUCAUGACCCAAACCGCUACACUACACUCCAUUUCCACCAACUUGAGGCUCACCUCGACAUUGAACUGGAUUCUGCUAUUGCUUGUCAUCAUUCAGGCUUUUUCACUUUUUUCAGUCUUGCACAAGAAUCACUUUCCUUGCUUUUUUUUUUAAGUCCACCGUAGUAAUGGUUCUCAGAAAACCUGGCCUUGGUAAUCCGGCGAAAAACCAUACUUUCUCCUUCAUGCAGUUUGGAUCUUUUCAUCUUUGUUCUCUUAUCCUGGCUAAACGAGAAGAUUUUGGAUGAAGUCUGGGCCAGGUUUGUUUGAAAACCAGACUAUGUCAUUACCUUUCUUAAAGCAAGACUACAACAUUUACAAAAGAUGCUAAUAUUUACUUGGUACGGCACCUCAUGAAGCUAAAAAACAGUGAUGGCGUUGAGGCAGUGUGCUGCCAUCAUAACGUUUGUACAUGUGUAUAAAAUAUUAGCUAUGGUGUCUUGCCUUUUUGUAUAACGUUAAUGUGCAAUUCUUAACCCUAUCCGCGUCAUUGCAUGCCUGAAAUAUGGCCUUUU